UGUCACGUAUAAUGGCAUAUAUAUAAUUCCACCUGUUGACCUAAUUUAUUAUAGCGUUCAAUUUUACUUAAAAAAUUGCGCAAAAGUAUAAAAGAAAAGUAUAUUUCAUAAGAAAAUAGCGUUAUUGCAGUUCCUAACUUAAGUUUCUUAUUAAUAAAAUGAUUAGCAAUAUAAAUAAAUAAGAAACAUAUUAUGAUUUAAAAUGUAAAGCUUAUGAUUAAAAUGAUUUAAUACAAUUGAAUAUUUAUGAAUUUAACAAGAAUCAAUUAAUAUUAUUAGAUCAUAAAUGGACAUUUCAAAAAGAAAAGUACUAUAAUAGAGAUGUAUUAUAUUAAAUCAAUAUCAAAGUUGUAAGAUGUGUCUUCAUCGUUUUAAAUUACGAUCCGUGUUUCUGAUUGGAUUUGGAAUUGGUUUUCUUUUUGCAAUAUUUUUGUUUACUAAUCAACAUUUAUUUUGCAAUAAUUGCCAAAAAUCUGCAUUAAAUUUAUAUUCUACAAAUAAGAAUAGUCUUUUUAAAUGGUUCAUGUCUGAUACAUGGGUCAACAAAGAGAUUAUUUUUCAAAGUUGGAAUAAAUCAACAUAUAGUGAGUGGUUGAAUAAUAAAAAACUAAUAUUAAAUAAUAUUGAUAUGGAUAUUUAUCUUUAUGGAUUUGAAAAAAAGGAGGAAUUAGAAUCUAAUUGGUUGAAAUCACAUGUUCACAUCACUUGUGCUGUAUUUGUAAAAAAAAUUAAAUUGGCUAGAGCUAUCCAAAAUACUUGGGGAAAACAUUGUAAUAGAAUAUACUUUUUUGGUCAAUUAAAAGAUAUCAAAGUGCCUAUUAUAAAUUUUGAAAUAAAAUUAGUAUCCUCAUGGCAACUUCUUUGUGAAGCUUUUAAUUAUAUUUGGAGAAAUAAUGAAACUUUAGAGUGGCUUAUCUUUGUAAAAGAUGAUACAUUAGUGAUUCUUGAAAAUUUACGUUAUAUGCUUGCUCCAUUAAAUCAUACUCAGGAUCAUUAUCUAGGUCAUGCAAUACUUUUAUGGGGUCAACCAUAUAAUGUUGCUAAUGCAGGAUAUGUAAUUAGCAUGGGAGUUCUUAAAAAACUAAUUAAUAUGUUUGAUGAUUCAAAGAAAUGUAUAAUCAGUGGCAAAUAUUGGAAACAGGAAGAUUAUUAUCUUGCCAGACAUUUGGCUUCUAUAGGAAUUUAUCCUUCUGAUACAAGAGAUCAGUAUCAGAGAGGCACCUUCCAUGGAUAUUCUUUGCAAUCUUUAUUAUGGGGUGUUGUUAAAACUAGUGCUUAUUGGACUCAUGCUUUGUAUCCAAUAAAAAAUGAGUGUUGCUCAUUUAUGUCUGUUACUUUUAAUAUAGAAGAAUCUGAAAAAAUGUAUACUUUUAGUUAUUUAUUACAUAAUUUUUAUGUCUUAAAAAAGAAAGCUGUGUUUGGAAAUAGAAAAGUGACAACAUCUAUAUCAGAUGAAGAUAUAUGGAAAGUCGCAUUAAAAGAAGAAUUUAAUAUUACACAUUUAAGUAAUAUUUCUAGUGAAAUGUAUUAUGAAAUAUGGCACUCAAAAUAUUCUGAACCAGAACAAUUAAUUAAGAACAAUUAUCAGAUUAAAGAUUCAGAAUCUAAGUAAAUUAUUCUUCCAUAAUUUUUAUAUAAUGAUGUUUUAUCAAUGUAAUAAAUUUUUUGAAGCUAUUUUAUAUUAAUAUAAUUAUGUAUUAUUUAUUAAUAAUUUUAGAAAACAAUAUUGUCUAUAUUACAUUAUAUAGUUUUAUAAUUAUUGAAAUUAUUUAAACAAUUUUUAGAAAAUAACAUUGUUGGAAAUUUGAAAAGUUUACCAAGUUUUAUAUAGUUUAUUAAUGAGUUACAUUGAUGUGAUAAAUAUGGGAACUGCAAAGUGGUGCUGUUUGAUAAUUAUUUCCGUUGUUACACCAUUGUUGCCUUAUCUAACUAA